AUGCAGGCGCUCAACAUCACCCCGGAGCAGUUCUCCCGGCUGCUGCGGGACCACAACCUGACACGCGAGCAGUUCAUCUCGCUCUACGGGCUGCGGCCACUGGUCUACACCCCGGAGCUGCCUGGGCGCGCCAAGCUGGCCUUAGUGCUCACCGGCGCGCUCAUCUUCACUCUGGCUCUCUUGGGCAAUGCGCUGGUAAUCUAUGUGGUGACCCGCAGCAAGGCCAUGCGCACCGUCACCAACAUCUUCAUCUGCUCCUUGGCGCUCAGCGACCUGCUCAUCACCUUCUUCUGUAUCCCAGUCACGAUGCUCCAGAACAUCUCCAACAACUGGCUGGGGGGUGCCUUCAUUUGUAAGAUGGUACCAUUUGUCCAGUGUUCUGCCAUUGUGACAGAAAUUCUCACUAUGACCUGCAUUGCUGUGGAAAGGCACCAGGGCCUGGUGCAUCCUUUUAAAAUGAAGUGGCAGUACACCAACCGAAGGGCUUUCACCAUGCUAGGUGUGGUCUGGCUGGUGGCAGUCAUCGUAGGAUCUCCCAUGUGGCACGUGCAGCGACUUGAGAUUAAGUAUGACUUCCUAUAUGAAAAAGAACACAUCUGCUGCUUGGAAGAGUGGACCAGCCCUGUGCACCAGAAAGUCUACACCACCUUCAUCCUCGUCAUCCUCUUCCUCCUGCCUCUUAUGGUGAUGCUUGUCCUAUACAGUAAAAUUGGUUAUGAACUUUGGAUAAAGAAAAGAGUGGGGGAUGGUUCAGUGCUUCGAACUAUUCACGGAAAAGAAAUGUCCAAAAUAGCCAGGAAGAAGAAGCGAGCUGUCAUUAUGAUGGUAACAGUGGUGGCUCUAUUUGCUGUGUGCUGGGCACCUUUCCAUGUCGUUCAUAUGAUGAUUGAAUACAGUGAUUUUGAGAAGAAAUAUGAUGAUGUCACAAUCAAGAUGGUUUUUGCUAUCGUGCAAAUCAUUGGAUUUUCCAACUCCAUCUGCAAUCCUAUUGUCUAUGCAUUUAUGAAUGAAAACUUCAAAAAAAAUGUUUUGUCUGCAGUUUGCUACUGCAUAGUAAAAGAAACCUUGUCUCCAGCACAAAGGCAUGGAAAUUCUGGAAUGACAAUGACGCAGAAGAAAGCAAACUUGUCCCGGAAAGAAAACUCAGUAGAGGAGACCAAAGGAGAAGCGUUCAGUGAUGGCAACAUCGAAGUCAAAUUGUGUGAACAGCCGGAGGCAAAUAAAAAGCCCCAACGACAUCUUGCCUUCUUUAGUUCCGAACUCUCUGAGAAUUCUGCUCAUAAUUAG